AUGGGAAAGAAAGAUCCCGAGGCCGAGGCAAUGGCCAACCACGUCUCGGGCCAGUCCAACAAGCCCAUCUCCCGUCCGGCUCAUGCUUUGACCGCCGAGCAAGUCAUCCGGGAGCUCAGAGCCAACCCCGACGAUGGCCUGACUCCUCAAGACGCCAAGACUCGCCUCGACGAGUUUGGUCGGAACGAAUUCGGCGAAGAAGCGGGUGUUCAGCCCCUGAAGAUUUUCAUUGGACAAAUCGCCAAUGCUAUGACAUUGGUUCUGAUUCUGGCUAUGGGUGCUUCCUUUGGCAUUGGAUCCUGGAUCGAAGGAGGUGUUGUGGCAGGCGUCAUUCUGCUCAAUAUCACCGUCGGUUUUCACCAGGAGUUCAAGGCGGCAAAGACCAUGGACUCACUUCGAUCUCUCAGCUCUCCCACUGCUCAGGCCGUGCGUGAGGGUCGAAACAUCACCGUGCCCACCAUUGAAAUUGUUCCUGGUGAUAUGGUCGAGCUCAAGACCGGUGAUACUAUCCCCGCCGACGUCCGCAUCAUUGAGGCCGUCAACUUUGAGACGAACGAGGCUUUGUUGACUGGGGAGUCCCUUCCCAUCCGCAAAGAGGCUGCCCAGACCUACGAUGACGAGACUGGUCCCGGCGAUCGCCUGAACGUCGCCUACAGCUCCUCGACUGUCACCAAGGGCCGCGCUCGUGGCAUCGUCUUUGCCACCGGCAUGUACACCGAGAUUGGUCAGAUCGCCGCCGCCCUCAGAGGCAAGAACUCUCGACGCCGUGACGUCAAGCGUAAGGAGGACGGCUCCGCCAGUUUUGGUCGUUACCUCCAGGCGUGGACCUUGACCCUUUCUGACGCUGUUGGUCGCUUCCUUGGAGUGAAUGUUGGAACACCUCUCCAAAGAAAGCUGUCCAAGCUUGCGAUCCUGCUCUUUGGUAUCGCUGUUGUGUGCGCUAUAAUCGUUUUAGGGGCCAACGAGUUCAACACCACGCAGGAAGUCAUUAUCUACGCUGUUGCCACGGGUCUAUCCAUGAUUCCCGCCUCCUUGGUUGUCGUCUUGACCAUAACAAUGGCCGCCGGUACCAAGCGUAUGGUUCAACGCCAUGUCAUUGUCCGCCAGCUGAAGAGCUUGGAGGCUCUUGGUGGCGUCACGAACAUUUGCUCCGACAAGACUGGAACACUCACCCAAGGAAAGAUGGUUGUCCGCAAGGCCUGGAUUCCUGGUAAGGGGACCUUCUCCAUCAGCAGCACGAACGAGCCUUUCAACCCUACCGUCGGAGAUCUCGGACACAGUGUUGAUCAGCCCAAGGAUAUUGACUUCCGUACCAAGGGGGGCGAUGGCGAGCCUUUAUCCAACGCCGACGCCGAGGACCGUGUCAAGUCGUGCACUGUUCUCACUGAUUACUUCAACGUCGCGUCCCUCGCCAACCUGGCGAAUGUCCACAAGACCACAGAGGGAGAGUGGCACGCCCGUGGCGACCCCACUGAGAUCGCCAUCCAGGUCUUCGCUUCUCGAUUCAACUGGAACCGUCUCCGCCUGGCAGGUGAGGCCAACCGCUGGAAGCAGAUCGCCGAGUUUCCUUUCGACUCUGACGUGAAGAAGAUGUCCGUCAUCUUUGAGGACAGGGAAACCAAGGUCGAGGGAGGAAACAAAACCUGGCUCUUCACUAAAGGUGCCGUCGAGCGCGUCAUUUCGUCCUGCCCUACUAUCCAGAUGGGCGAUCAGGUCGUCGAGCUUAACAGCGAUAUCGAGAAGGAUAUUCUGUCCAACAUGGAGGCUCUCGCUCGUCUUGGACUCCGUGUCCUGGCCUUCGCCAGCAAGCCCGAUAUUGGCGUCGUCGACGCUCACGAGAACUUGGACCGCGCGAACUACGAGAGGGACUUGACCUUCCGCGGACUCAUCGGCCUCUAUGACCCUCCCCGCCCCGAGUCCGCCCCCUCCGUCAAGAAGUUCCACGAGGCCGGGGUCAGUGUCCACAUGCUUACUGGCGACCACCCCGAGACGGCUCGCGCCAUCGCUCUCGAGGUUGGAAUCCUGCCGACUCGUAUGAAUGAGAUCUCGGCAGACGUUGCAAAGGCUAUGGUCAUGGCGGCCCACGACUUUGACAAGCUCACUGACGACGACAUCGACAAGCUCCCCCACCUGCCCCUGGUCGUCGCUCGCUGUGCUCCCCAGACAAAAGUUCGCAUGAUUGAGGCUCUGCACAGACGCCAGCGCUUCGUAGCCAUGACCGGUGAUGGUGUCAACGAUUCUCCCAGUCUGAAACGCGCUGAUGUUGGUAUUGCCAUGGGUGAGAGCGGCUCUGACGUGGCCAAAGAGGCUUCCGACAUUAUUCUCACUGACGACAACUUUGCUUCUAUUCUCAACGCCGUUGAGGAAGGCCGCCGCAUGUUUGAUAACAUCCAGAAGUUCGUCCUCCACGUGUUAGCCUGUAACGUCGCCCAGGCCUGCACGCUUCUCAUCGGGUUGAUAUUCAAGGACGACAGCGGCCUGUCCGUGUUCCCCUUGGCCCCCGUUGAAGUCAUGUGGAUCAUUAUGAUUACUUCUGGUCUUCCCGACAUGGCCCUCGGUUUCGAAGUCGCUGCGCCCGAUAUCAUGGACCGCCCUCCCCAGAACAUGAAGGUCGGUGUUUUCACCUGGGAGCUGAUGCUCGACAUGCUUGUCUACGGCCUCUGGACUGCCGCUCUUUGCCUGGCUUCUUUCGUUCUCGUUAUGUUCGGCUGGGGUGACGGCCAGUUUGGAAGCAACUGCAACAACACGUACUCACAGGAGUGCGACACGGUUUUCCGCGCCCGCGCCACCUGUUUCGCUAGCUUGACCUGGUUCGCCCUGUUCCUCGCCUGGGAGAUGGUUAAUAUGCGCAGGUCUUUCUUCCGCAUGCAGCCCAAGAGCACCAAAUAUUUCACCCAGUGGUUUAUCGAUACAUGGCGUAACAAGCUCCUCUUCUUCUCCAUCCUUAUUGGCUUCGUUACCAUCUUUCCCCUGGUCUACAUCCCCGUCCUCAACACCUCGGUUUUCAAGCACGCGCCCAUCACCUGGGAGUGGGGUAUUGUGUUCGUCUGCGCCGUGCUCUUCUUCAUGGGCGUGGAGGCCUGGAAAUGGGCGAAGCGCGUCUACUUCCGCCGCGUCACGCACAAGCAGCACGGCGGCGUCAAGGACCUCGAGAGCCGCGUAUUCGGCCACUACUACACUAUCGGUGGCGUCGCGCUUGACUCGUCGCCCACACUUGGCAGCCGGACCAACACCAACGAAAAGGAGAUGCGCGAGAAGGGCGGCAACAGAUACUCCAGCGGUGGUAGCCAGUGA